AUGGGUUCCAUCUCAGAACUUUCUUCAGAUGAUGAGGAAUUUAACCAGGCUAUAGUGGCCAGUCUUGAGAGUCAUGCGGCAUCUGAACACCGAAACACUAAAUCAGCACAGGAGGUGCUCCUGAGUCUUGCAUCUCAAAUUGAUAGUAACCAAAGGUGUAGGUUCAACAUUAAUAGAUCUUCAGUACUGGAUGGUGCCCUACGGGGCUUCAAACGACUGUCCUAUAAUCCUAUGUAUCAGAUGUGCAUCAAGUUUUCAGAUGACUCGGGAAUGGAUGAAGAGGCUGUGGACCUUGGUGGCCCUAGAAGAGAGUUUUUACGCUUGCUUAUGGAAGCCCUAAUACUGUCACCGAUGUUUGAAGGAAGAAAUGGCAAGUUGAACCUGGCUUUGGACAGUUCAGUUGGUGACAAUUCCUUUGUAAAACCUGUCUUGGAGGACAUUGCUGAUACAGACCUCUAUCAGAAGGUUAAACAGUUGUCUGAAUGUAUCUCAUUUGAUGACCUGAUAUACGCCACAGAACCACUGCAGGACUACCUGGCAAAUGCUGGAUGUCUUAGGCCACUAAAAUGCAUUGAAGACAGAGAUCUACUAGUUGAAGAUAUUCUCAUGUUUCAGGUGGUGCACAGAGUCUGUGGGGCUUUUGAAAGAUUUAGAGAGGGACUGAAGACACUUGGUGUUUUGGAUGCAAUCAGAAUGUAUCCAGACAGCUUUAGACCCUUAAUCUGUCAUGAACCAUCCCCACUUACUGCUGACUUAGUGGAUCAGUUUUUCCACAUCCGGUUGUCUGCAGUGGGCAGCAACAAGAGAAGGGCAGAGGAAUGUGUUGUUGCAUUUUGGAGGGAUUACCUCCAGGAUGUUGAAGGUAAAUAUUGCUGCUUAAUAUAGCAUUUUCUCUUAUGAUUUGUCUUGUUUAUAAAGUGUACAAAGACUGGGGUAGGAGAAUGAAAAGGAUAACCUUUGCUAUAGUGGCACUG